AUGCUGGUGCGAGACGCCGCCAUUAUCUCCCUCCUGCAAGAAUAUGCCAAGGGCCGUGUCGCUCAGAUGGCCGGCUUUCCCAAGCAAAUACCCAACACCUCAACAAAGAAAUGGGAGGAAUCGAUCCUUCAAGAUGCAGAGAUGCUCUACGCCCAAGCCCAUGCCAACGCCGCAAGCAAACGGAUGAACGCUAACAAAAUGGAGAAAGAUGCUCAGAAGACCACUGCUCUACUCGUCGGCGCGGGUAUCAUGAAUUUGAUGGCUGCCCAGCUCUUAGCUGGGCAUGGCUACCAAGUGCGCGUGGUGGACCAAGGGCCAGACCCUCGGUCUUGCGAGCCGAAAGACUGGACCUGCCUAGGCGUCACAAGCGGCGAUCACAAUGCUCGCAUGUUCACCAACACCGAAGCAGAUAACUACAAUGAGCAUGGCAGUGAGACCUACCGAGACAUGCAGUCAAUAUUCCGGAAGAGUGUUCGCGAUGGCGGAUGGAGCGUGAAGUUGCCCAAUGACUUUUCUAAAGAUGAAAAUGCCUGGGUCGAUGCUUUUGAGCGCAUCCCAGGCUGGAUGGCGGCAAAUUUCAAGAGAGACAUCCACGAGGUGAACUGUGAGUCCGGCAGGAUCUGGAAGGAAUGCAUGGAAACCAAUCCCCAGCUAUUCAGAGAUGUUGGAUUCCACAAGGACAUAAUACGCAUGUACGUGGAGCCAGUUGCCUUGGAUGCAUCCAUCAAGCUCAAUAGCAGGCUUGGUGCGCUUCUCCAAACCCCGUCUCCUGACGAGUUCCUGGAGGCAUAUCCCGGAUUCCGCCCCGCAGCCGAGUCGGGCCAUCUCGUGGGAGGCAUCACAGUAGACGGAUUCACGGUGAACAUCCACCUUUUCGUGACCAAGCUGGUGGAACACAUUACUGCUCUGGGCGGUGAAUUCCUGUGGAAUCGCGAAGUGCAGGGCAUUCAGCGCAAUCCUGAAGGCGAGGUGACCAUGCUGAAGUCAGAGAAGGGAGAUCUGGAAGCUGACUACUUCGUGUUGAGUCCCGGCACGGCGAAGAAUGCCCUGCUGAAUGGCACGGCCUGUGAGAAUUUGGUCCACGGCGUCCUGGGUAUAUGGUUGCAAAUCCCCAACCUGGACCCGCAGAUGCAAAAUUCUAUCAAAAUCCACCGACAUGCUCAUAAGGUAGAAGAUAUCAACAUCACCGUGGCCAAAGAUCCGGAAACUGAUGAAGACAUUCUCAUCUUCGGAGGUGGAUAUGGAUAUGUUGGCCUGGACCGUCCGGCACCAGACUCGCUGGAAAUGAAGGCCCUCUACGACGAACUGGAAGAAGUGGCACGUAUUUAUUUUCCGCGUGAUUAUGCCGAGGCGAAGAGGCGCGGCCCUAUGGCCAUGUACCCUGGCGGACACCGUAGAGUUUGCGUCCGGCCUUUCACGCCCACAGGUCUUGGGAUCUUUGAGAGGAUCCCCACAGCCCUUGGCGGCCAGCUGAUAAUUACCGGCGGCAACAACACAGGCGGGUUUGCACAGGCACCGGCUAUAGCGCGUGCGGUGUUGCGAUCACUUAUGGGCGAGGACGAUCCCAUCCAUGUGCUCUUCCACCCUGACCGCGGCAAGCUCCCUCCGGCCGUGGCCUACGAUUUCCAAGCUCCUUCCAGCGGUUUGGGACUCGGGGGCAGUGUGACUGCCGAGGCGCGGCAAUCACUGAGAUUGCUCCUUCUCUGCUCGGACGGUCCCCAGCACCGCUACCUACGCUAUCGUCUGGACCAAGCCUUUCCCGGCUACCGUUGCCUUCAGGAAACAAGCGAUGGGCAGGUUCGCAAAUUAAUGGACAAGGGCCGCAUCGUCGACGCGUGUUGGCAACAGUAUCACGGGCUUCGCCGCAGAUUCUUCGGCCACGAUCGUCAGCGCAAAUCCCACUUCGACCGCCUGGUACCGCAGGACCACGUCUCACCUGAACCGAACCUCGUAGUCGACAGCUUCUUCUUCGAUGAAGAAGGUGAAGGCGACCGGUGCAGCAACGUAAGCUUCGCUCUCCGAACAAAGGACGGUCCAAAGCUUAGUCGUGCAUUGCGUGACCGAAGCGACAAGCUUAUUCGCGGUCUUAAUGCAGCCAUUGAAGCUGGAGUCAAGGGAAGCUUCCACCCGGCGCGGGCCACCUUUAUUGAUACAGACGAGCAUAUUGGCUAUUAUCGCUUCUGCCAGCCUGGCCACAGUCUCUAUGACAAGUACUCUGGCGAUGGAGUCUACCUGUGGAACAUAUCCUCGACGGAUAUCACCUGGGGAAACGGACGUGCGAGUGAGGAAAACAACGAUGGUGGCGCAGUGGAAGUGCGCAAGUCGACAGAGGCUGAGUUCAAGAACUGGCUUGAGACUGGUCGAUUCACCAACGAUCCUCGCGAAAUCUAG